AUGGUGGAUGUAGUGUUAGGUUUUACAGAACAAGAUUUUGAUAAAUCUCAAUUAACAAGUAAUUAUUUUCCAACUAAAGUUGGUGGUAAACCAGCAUGGUUAGAUUUAAGUAAUAUACCAAAAAAAGAAGAAUUAGUUUGUGAAAAAUGUUCAAAACAAGUUUCAUUUUUGAUGCAAAUUUAUGCACCAAUUGAUGAAAAAGAAGAAAGUUUUCAUCGUAUGAUUCAUAUAUUUUGUUGUAAAGAUCCAAGAUGUGGUUAUUAUAUUGCAAUUAGAACUCAGUUACCACAAAUAAAUGAUUUUUAUCCAAUGGAUGCAGAUGAAAGAAAAUAUGAUCAAGAUUAUAAUGAUAUUUAUAAAAAUCAAUUACAAUAUACUAAAAAUAGACAAAAUACAUGUGAAUAUUGUGGUUGUUUUGCAAAAUCAAAUUGUAGUGGUUGUAAAAAAGUUCAUUAUUGUGGUAAAGAACAUCAACAAUUAGAUUGGCAAUUAGGUCAUAGUGAACAAUGUAAAUUAUUAAAAGAUAUUAAUGAUGAUAAUGAUAAUAGUGGUGAUAAUGAUAAAAAAUUACCAAGAAAAAGAGCAUCAGAAUUUUUAUUUAAAGAACUUGAUAUCAUAACUGAAAAUCAAGAAUUAAAAGAAUUUCCACCAACAAAUGAUAAUAGUAAUAAUAAUAAUAAUAAUAAUAAUAAUGAUAAUAAUGAUAAUGAUAAUGAUAAUGACGAUGAAUAUGAUGAUGAUAAUGAUGAAGAUGAUAUUGAUUUAGAUGAGAAUGGUAAUGCAAUUUAUAAGAAUGAAAUUGGUAAAGAGUUAGUACCAACGAAUAGUGGUGGUGAGACAGUGACUGGUGAUGCUGAUGCAAUUAGUAAAUUUGAAGAUUAUGUUAGUGAAACUGGAAAGAAAGCAGAAUUUAAUGAAGAAACAUUCACAAAGAUUAAAGAUAAAUCAUUGAUUUAUUUUAAACGUAUAAUUGAAAAAGAUCAAGAUCAAAUCUUACGUUACUCAAAACAUUCAAAUUAUCCAAUACUUUGGGUAUCUGAUACUGAUCAAGCACCAUCACAAAUUCCAACCUGUUCAAAUUGUGGUUCAAAUAGAAAAUUCGAAUUUCAAAUUUUACCACAAUUACUUUAUUUCUUAGGAAUGGAUUCAAGUUUAGAAAAUAAUUCUUCUGAUAUUGAUUUUGGUAUUUUAUCAAUUUAUACAUGUGAAUCAUCUUGUAAAAUUAAUAAUUCAUCAUCAUUUGUUAAAGAAUUCAUUUUUAAACAAGAUUUUAAAAAAUAA